CGAUAAUACUGUAGUUAAACUAGACAUUUUCAUAAAAACUCAAUCAUCUACUUGCUGUUGUUGCAAUAAUGAAACUCAAUACUUAUAUUUUAUUAUCUGCAUACUGUCUACUCGUUGUAGCAGUUGAUAAUCUAGCAAGUGGUGCUAAAAUUUUUGGAGGAGCUGGUAUUGAUUCGCAAGCUGCUGGAAUACAAGCUGGAGUAGUUUUUCCGAAAAUACCUGGCAUCAAUACUCCAUUUUUGGGUUUCAGUCUUUUUCCAUCACGAUCAAGCGUAUCAUCAAAUAACACGAAUCAAGAUUCAUUUUCAUCGUCAUUUGGACAAGGACUGUCGUCACUGCUUCCAAAUAUCAGUAGUUUGAUACCAGAAUUUGAUAUACCAGAAAAUAGUUCAUUUACGGUGCCAUCAAUUACUGGACCACCUUCACUUGGAUCUUUACCUAAUAUUCCAGGAUUAGCCGAUGCUAUUUCAGAAGCGCGUAAUCACGUACAAAUAGCUAUUAAUGCGACAAGUAAUUUUACUGAGGGAAUUGACACGGCAUUAAGACAAGCACUUGAGAGUAAUAAUCCAACUGGUGCUGUACGCACAUUAGUAAAUACUAUUUUGAAUGCUUAUCUCACGGUCGCACAAAAUUGUCCAAUGAUUGUUGUUGGUGUUCGCGUGUUACAAGAAGGUAUCAGGUUAGCUAUUGAGGUUGCUAAAUCCGCUCGCAAUAUUGUUUUCGGAUCUUCAUAAUUAUUAUUAUUAUUUAUCUUUAUAUAAUAAAAUUGUUAUGCCCAAGGUUAUGAUAAUAAAUUAUAUUCACAAUAUUUAAUCCAAUGACAUUUUAUUUUUUUUAUUACUCAUAUAUCAUAAAGAUAAAAAAAAAACAACAAAUCAAUCAUAUAAAAAGUUUAGGAUAUGAAAAUUUAACGACAGAUGCAUAAAAGAUGAGCUCACGCUAUUAGUUUUUUUGAUAAUGCAGAUCCUAAAAAAAAUUUACAACUCUUGUAAAAUCGACGUGUUGAUAUGUAUAUAUAUAAAAUUUUUAUUUUUAACAUGACACAAUAUAUAUUUGAGUUGUAAAAUAAAUUUUCAUUGAAAAUAAGUGUCGCUGUGGAGAGUUGUAAAGGGUCUGCUCCAGCUGUCGUGGAUGAUGAUGAUAAUAUUCCACAUGCGUGAUGUCUACUCGUACUCACAUUUACAUACAUAAAUUUUUUAUUUUUUUAUUUUUUUACGUUAAAGUUAAAUUCAAGUGUGUAUGUGCAUAUAUAACUACCACGUAAAAUAUUAUUUUUUAAAAAUCAACGUACAGGAUACGUGCAUAACUAAAAUUAAGUUAUAAUGAAUCCCAUAAAAUAUUAUUUGUCA